AUGGGUGAGUUCCAGCAGCAGCUGCUUGCUCUCCUUGGGAGCAUCGUUUGCCUGGUUUUUGUGGUGAAAUGCAUUCGGUUCCUGAGAUAUUUCUUCCCACGUCUAUGGACUACUUUGCCUCGGUCUUUUUUUCAGUCAAUGGGAGACUGGGCAGUGAUCACUGGAUCAGGAGAUGGCAUUGGAAGAGCCUACGCCUUUGAGCUGGCCAAACGUGGACUAAAUAUUGUUUUGAUUAGCAGAACGCUUGAAAAAUUGCAGAAGGUAGCCUCUGAAAUAGAGCAGACCACAGGGAAAAAAGUGAAAACAAUACAAGCUGACUUCACCAAAAAGAACAUAUAUGAUGAUAUUGAAGAAAGUCUGCAAGGAUUAGAAAUUGGAGUUUUGGUUAACAAUGUUGGAACACUUCCUGACCGCCUCCCAUGCCGUUUUCUUAAUAUGCCAGAUAAAGAUCAGGACCUCCUCAACUGUAACAUCCUGUCUCUCACCAAGAUGACCCGGAUAAUUUUGAAACAGAUGGUGCCGAGACAAAAGGGAAUAGUUCUGAAUCUCUCUUCUGCCGUUGGGACCUUUCCCUGUCCAUUAUUUGCCAUCUAUUCUGCCUCUAAAGCUUUUGUAUACACAUUUUCCAGGGCCCUUCAAAUGGAAUAUAAAGCAAAAGGAAUGAUCAUACAGGCAGUGACUCCUUUUGCUGUUUCUACUCCAAUGACCAUGUGGAUGAAGCCUAGUCUAUUCACCAAAACAGCAGAAGAGUUCGCUAGAGAGUCACUGGAGUAUGUCACAUUUGGCGCCGAGACGUUUGGAUGCUUAGCCCAUGAAAUCUUGGCACGGUUCAUGCAGUGUAUUCCUUUGUGGGUCUUCGAGAGUGACAGAGUACAAGAAAGACUAAAAGACAGAAUUUCCGGUUCCAUGAUGAAGUGUUUGAAAAGCACCUGAUAAAACCUCUUGGAGCACAUGUGAAGCCUGCUUUGAUAGUCUCAUAUGAAUCAUGCCAGCAGUGGAUUUGAU